UUUGUCCGAGUCAUGCUAGCAAGCAAGUGAACAGCCACCGGCCUGCCACCUGAAUAGCCUCUGGGGGGUUGGAUUCAAACCAGCCUGUUUGAAGGUGCAGUGAGAGGGGAGAAGGUCUGGGAAACUGCAGUGGACACUAAACAGAAGGAAAAACCAGCCCAGCCGGCUGGCAUUGCCAACCAACUCUUCCCUGCAGGUCAACAGUGAUCUGGCCUGUAUCUCGUGUUCCUAAAAAGGCAGAAGUUUCUUACUGAAAGCAGGGGGCCGGAGUCCGGGAGGCGGACACCACUGCUUCCGCCUCAGCCACCCCAGGCAGCAGCCGCCCCGAGGAGUGAGCAGCCCUGUGUCCUGGGAUCCACCCACAGGCCUCAGCCCUUUCAGGAUGUCCCAGCAGGACCUGAGUAUCACCGCAAAGCUCAUCAAUGGAGGUGUGGCGGGGCUCGUGGGGGUGGCCUGCGUGUUCCCCAUCGACUUGGCCAAGACUCGGCUGCAGAACCAGCACGGGAAAGCCAUGUACAAGGGAAUGAUGGAUUGCCUGGUGAAGACGGCACGGGCCGAGGGCUUCCCGGGCAUGUACCGAGGGGCUGCGGUGAACCUAACCCUGGUCACUCCGGAGAAGGCCAUCAAGCUGGCAGCCAAUGACUUCUUCCGGCAGCUGCUCAUGGAAGAUGGGCUGCAGCGGAACCUGAAGAUGGAGAUGCUGGCCGGCUGUGGAGCUGGAGUGUGCCAGGUGGUGGUCACCUGCCCCAUGGAAAUGCUCAAGAUUCAGCUGCAGGACGCUGGGCGCUUGGCCGUCGGUCACCAGGGUGCGGCCUCAGCACCGUCCUCCUCCAGGCCCUACACGACCGGCUCGGCUUCCACCCACAAGCGCCCAUCUGCCACCCGCAUCGCCUGGGAGCUGCUCCGCACCCAGGGCGUGGCUGGUCUCUACAAGGGGCUGGGUGCCACUCUCCUCAGAGAUAUUCCCUUCUCCGUCAUCUACUUCCCAUUGUUUGCCAACCUUAACAACCUGGGGUUCCAGGAGCUUACUGGAAAGGCCUCCUUUGCUCACUCCUUUAUGUCGGGCUGUGUCGCAGGCUCCGUAGCCGCUGUCACAGUGACACCUCUGGACGUUCUGAAAACUCGAAUCCAAACCCUCAAGAAAGGCCAGGGUGAGGCCAUCUACAGCGGGACUGCCGACUGUGCCAGGAAACUCUGGAUUCAGGAGGGACCAUCCGCCUUCAUGAAAGGAGCAGGAUGCCGGGCCCUUGUCGUAGCUCCUCUCUUCGGGAUUGCUCAAGGCGUCUACUUCAUUGGCAUCGGAGAGUGCAUCUUAAAGUGUUUUGAGUAGACAGGCCUGGAGCUCAGUCCCUGUGCUCGUGGCCAGCUCUCUAGCCCACUCUAUUUAGUCUAGAGGGGAUAAGCACUAGACGGCCCACCCACGCCAUAUCUUGUCCCCUAAGUCGUAGUGCUACCUCAAUCUCGGAAGAAACAACCCCAUUCUAAUAAGUGAGUUGAGCAUAACCUUAUUCUACAUUCAUUUCCUUUGGGGGUACAGCUACCAGGGACUUUCAGAAGCCCCUAAACUACCUGCUUUACAAUGACAAAAAUAGCACUUGCUUUGGACAUAUUAACUGCUGGACCUUAACAGGUAGCAAAGAUGGAAGGGUUGUUUCUAUAUUUUAACAUUUCUAUUUCAUACUCAAAUUCAGCAUACUUGAGUCCGUUUGAGGAUUUAGUUUUGUUAAUCUUGAAUUAAAUAACUUAUGGCUAGUCCUAGCACUGACUUUGGGGAAAAUGAGGAUCAGAAGUUCAAGGGGACCAUGAAAGCCCUCAUUUCAAACCACACACGCCCUUCCACAUCCCGAUGGCUGAGGGAUGAGGCUGGCUCUGCUACGCAGCAGGGGCUAGUUGGGGCAGCCAUCCUGCCCCCACCCUCCUCCGGAGGCACGGGCUCUCGCAGACCCAUCCCUCCCAGCGUCCACGGAACACGAUCUGAAAUAAGGUUGAAUAGUUAAGUCUCGUCUAGUAACCAGCGGGCACAGCAGACAGGCUGCCAUGACUAGGAUCUGUCACCUACCUCUCCAUGUCUACUUCAGAACCAACCAGACUGAAAAGAGCCCUGACCCAGGUCACGAUCCCACUUCAAACUGUUACUUUUGGGGAUGGAGAACAGCCACAAGGAUGUUUUAUUUCUAAGUAAGUUACACUGGGCUUUAAGUUUGGACGAUCGCUUUGUAACUGCAUUACCUUGAGGGACUUGAAGCUGCUAUAGAGAAGGGAAAGAAUUGUCACACACAGGUCAAGUCCCAAGGAAAAAACAGCUGUCGCAGGAGUUGGUAUUUACAUUAGUCCCCACGUACCUAAAAACUUGGGCCAAUGAGGAAGAGGAUGGUGCUAAAAUGAUCAGCCUUGGUGGCCUCACCGUCUAGUAAGAGAACUUGAGUACAGGCUCUCGACACAGAUCUCACUCUGCCAUUGCUAGUGGGCAGCUUGUGGGCAGCUCCUAGUCACCUAAGGAAGCAAUGGAGCACGGGAGUGAGAGGACACAGGGCCUCAUUAAGGAUUUGGGCCCAGCACAUAGUAACCCCCCCCCCAAAAAAAAACCACUCUGCCAAAACUAGUAAAACUAUUUCCUCAAUCAAGCUGUACAACCCUUCUAGAGGAGAGGUGAUGCCAAAGCCACUGUGGAGGACGGUGACGGGCUGGACGAGCACCGUGAGGGGCUGGUCUGCCCAGAGUGAGCAGGAAGCCCAGGAGACAGCCACACGGGUAAGGGUUCAGUACUGACAGCUGCAAACCAUCAAAUGCUAUAGGGACUUGGAAAAUAUUAAUAAUCUUUUCUAGGUACCUCAGUAAGAACUUUACUCUCUUAAAUCAUAAAUUUGUAGUACCUUACGCAAGAAAUUACAAUUGAAUCCGCAUAAAUCUUUUGUUUUAAUAAAUAACGCAUAUUCAUGGCUUAGGUUUCAAAUCACAUUUACAGAUGAGGAAAAUGUCUAGGCCGAGAGAGGUAACAGUGAAGCUGCUACUGCUGGGAGGAAUGCCUGUGCCACAUGAGAUUUAAACCUAAAGAGCAGAGACUUCAAGGCAGAGAACACCAUAUAUAUCACCCCCUAGACUAGAUAACUGGGAGCUGCAGAAAGAGGAAGAGACUCGGUGAAGUUCAUGCAGCCGCCACCUGACCCCCUCACCUAAAGCUGUGGGACCAGCUGGGAGCUGUUACUCUGAGAUGAACUAGAGGUGGGUCCUGAUCACAGCGAGGGAAAUGUUCUCCCACUGUUAACAGCUAGGCCAAGGGCAUCAGCCACAGAAGGGUAUCCACUGAUAAAUACAGAGCAACACUAGGACAGCAAAGAGGAGGAAGCUACACAGACACUCUCGUUUCUUUAAAUAUCAGAAGCUUCCAUGUCGCAGCCGUAGAGUAGUGGAUGGACGUCUCCCAAAGGCCUAGUCCAAAAACUUCCUAUUGGCAUUUGCACCAAACAAGGCUCCCCGUACUUCUGGCAUCAUCUGUGAACAUAAAAUUUAACAAACACGCAAUGUUAAUGGGAGAACUUGUAAAAAAACUGCACAUCUUAACCACAGGCAGAAAGACAUUAACCUCUAACAUGGCUGGGAAGGAAAUCAAAAGCAAAAUGCAUCAAAUGUGUCAUUCCUUUAGCUGAAGCACUGUAACAAAAUCUUUGGUGAGAAACUUAACUAAUUCCAAAUUUGGGGGUAAGACUGCUUACAAAAGGGACAAAGAAAAAAAAUUAAAAAUCUGAAGUCA